UCUCAUUCACAUGUGAUUUCAAACUACCUGAUUAUCAUGAUCAAUCAAUUAUAGAGAAUGUCAAAAUUUCCUUUCCCGCAAAAAAUUCUAGUCGGAAUGUUUUUAAUUUAAUUUUUCUGCUUUUGUACUUAAUAUUGGUUUAUUUGUUUCUAUAAACGCACAUCAAUGCAUGUUAAUAAGACGGAAUAUGUUACAGUUUUUUCCAUCUCUUAUAUGCUUUGACUUAUAAAAUACAAAAAUGGCUGGAACACUGCUUUGUAAACUUCUUCAACGCAAAACAUAUGAUGUCCUAGCUAAGAAAUACACUCUGCUACUAUUGUUUGUUGGGUUUAUUAUUAUUUUUGUCUCCACUCUUCGAUUUGGAGAAACAUUAAUGGAAUGGAGCAAGGAAAAGUACUCAGUUGUUUUCAGUCCCUACAAUAAUAACAUCAUGGGUAAAAGUUACAGAAACAUGUUAUGUCAGUAUGUCCCAAUAGAUGUUGUAUAUACAUGGGUGAAUGGCUCAGAUCCUGCAUUUCUUAAAGAAUUAAACAAAGCCAAAGAAGAAUAUGGAUUUCUUAGUUCUCAUAUGAAUUGCUCAUUUUCCAACUGUGUGAAAUCUCAUAUGGUACUAGUCAGACCUCAGCUUCCCAAUUCUCUAACACUAAGUGAUUUAGAAGAGAAUGAUUCCAUUUUCCAGCACAUAUCAAACAGUUUUGUAGUUGGUGCUCAACACAAAAGCUAUGAAAAUAUUACAGUUUUAGUUUUUCCAAAUCACAGUAUAGCUGAUCAAGUAUUAGCCAAAAAAGUCCUUUCCUUGGAAGGCCAAAACUACACUCUGAGUAGAGCAUAUAUCACUGAUAACUGGGGCUCCCAAGACACAGUUUUGCUAAAUAAUAUGCUUCUUCUAACCCAGCUUCCAUAUGGCUAUUCUAAAAGUAAUAUUUUAGAAAAAUUGCCUCCAACCGUCCGGCCUGCUGUAUCACAGAUUUUUAUUUAUGAGGAAAAAAGCAUGGCGGUUCUGACCUUAACUGAUCCUGAUUCUUUGGAUGCCAUUCUAAAACGGAAAAAUAUUACUUUUGAGACUAAAGUUGCUUCUGUGUCUUCUGCUUAUUUAGUUAUUGAACUGCCUGCUGAUCAUGAAGAUAUUUCUGCUAGUCGGUUUACAGAUAAUGAGGAACUUAGAUACUCGUUACGAUCUUUGGAAAAACAUGCUCCUUGGGUUCGACAUGUUUAUAUUAUUACUAAUGGACAAAUUCCUUAUUGGCUGAAUCUUGACAAUCCAUUUGUUACUAUAGUAACUCACGAAGAAAUUUUCCCAAAUAACAGUCAUUUACCAACAUUUAGUUCUCCUGCCAUUGAAUGUCAUCUCCACCGAAUUCCUAACUUAUCAAAGAAAUUCAUUUAUUUAAAUGAUGAUGUCAUGUUUGGAAAAGAUGUUUGGCCAGAGGAUUUUUAUACUCAUACAAAAGGGCAAAAGGUAUAUUUAUCAUGGCCUGUUCCUAACUGUGCCGAAGGCUGUCCUACUCAAUGGGUUCGAGAUGGCUACUGUGAUAAACCUUGCAACAAUUCUCAGUGCCAGUGGGAUGGAGGCGAUUGUUCAGCAGACAAUCCUAUUUUACCUCAUCAGGCAAUCGGUCUUCAGCAGGAAGGGGGGGUCACUGCAUACUUUCACAUACGUGCUUCCAAAAAUUAUUGCAACAAAGAAUGUGCCGAUGCUUGGUUAGCUGAUCGAUACUGCGACAAGGCUUGCAAUGUUAGAGAAUGCGGUUUUGAUGCAGGAGACUGCGGACUUGAUAAUUUUAACAAAAUUCCUCAAAUUCCUCUUUCGGCAAAGCAGUCCUAUUAUCAUUUGCCAAAUGGAGAACAUGUUGGAUUCUUCAAUUUAACUGAAUUCUUGAAUUCAAAUUAUACUCUGACAGAUGGUUACUAUGAAGAAAAUCCAGUUAUUCGUACAAUAGCCAUUUCUAUGAAAUAUUCUGUCAUUGGAAUUGUUCUCUAUCCAAAUCACAAUGCUACCAAUUUAACUGUUAUAUUAAAGGGGAGGCAUCAAGAGGAAGCAUUUGAAAAGAAAAUCUCCCUCCAUGUUCUAACUAAUCCUUCCCUAGCGAAGCUUUCUGCAUUCCAGAAUGUGACAGCAUAUGUUCAGACUGAAGAGCCAUACAGUUUUGAAUCAUUUAAUUCAAAAGAAAGAUUUCCUAAAAUUGAGUCAACAGUAUCAAAGGACAAAUCGUUUGAGUUUCAAAAUAUAAACAUCACUGCAUCUCUUCUUCCUGAAAACCUCACUGCUGAAAUACAAAACUUGGAACAUUUAUUAGAUCAGGGUAUUUUGACUCUCCAAGGAUAUUUAAGAAAAAAAUCUGAGAUGAUUGCAGAAUUUAUCUUAACUUCAAAUGGAACGACAGACAUGCUAGUAACCGAAAGCGACCGCCAUUCUUCAGAAAUUAAUGAAAAACCUAGACAAGAGCUUACAUCGUUACGCACUGCUGAUCCAUUUCCAUUAAAGAAAAGUCAAUUGUUAGAAAAGGCAAAUGCUAAUGUUAAAUCUAAUAAUCAAUCUAUUAUCCCAUCAGCAGCAGAAGCGAAGGAGGUUUGGAAAAAUAUGAAUAAAUUUGUGAAUCCUGUCAUUUUGAAAAAUCUUGACGUACUUUCUAUUGACUAUUCCCAGAGUCGUCCAAAGGGACCUGAUACAAGAACACCAGGUGUACUUCAUGAUUAUUUUCAGAAGCUGAAAAAUGCAAAUAAGAGUCCAAAUGAUAAGAAGGAUGCUUAUUUGACAUACAGACCCACACAGCGACAUCUACUGGACACUUUUGGUGAUUCCCUUCGGCAUGUCAAUAAGUUGUACAAUGAGGCAUUUGGAUACGAACAUCGCAAAGUUCCUUCUCAUAUUGCACAUUUCGUGGAUAAAAAUGUGAUGUCACGACUCACAGAAAGAUUUUCGGAUGCAUUUACGGUGACAUCAUCGCACAGAAUCAGGAGCUCUAAUGACAUGCAGUUUGCAUUUUCCUAUUAUUAUUACCUCAUGAAUGAGAUGGAAACUUUGGAAGUUGAAACGAUAUUUAACACUUUUGACACUGAUAAAUCAGGAACCUGGUCCGAUCGUGAAAUUCGAACUGUUCUCACUCGUCUGUAUGACUUACCUCUGGAGUUUUCAACUGUGGCUGGAUUUGAGCAAAUAAUCAUCAACUGUUCUCAAAGUGCCACAGACCCUUUAAUGCAGCCGUCUGCACCACAUGGCGAACGGUAUUACGAUUCCAAAUUGCCAUUGGUGACUUUGUCCUUGGUUAAGUCUUGCCCCCCUGUAUCCAACAUGCUGUUACAACACUUUGGUACUCAGAAGAAGAAUAACUACGAGACAGUGGGAGAGGAGGAGGUGGCCUUCAAGAUGAUCCAUAACAAUUUGUCACAGGUUUUGGGACAAAUAGAUGACAUCAGGAAACAUCCAAAGAAAUUUAUUUGUCUGAAUGAUAAUAUGAACCAUGGAACUCAAGAAGCUGAAGUUAUUCGAGCUGUCAUCCAAGAUUUUUAUGAGUCCUUAUUUCCCACGAGGUCACAAUUCGAGUUGUCUCCAGAAUACCGCAACCGAUUCCUGUACGUGAGUGAGUUGAGGGAGUGGCGUCGGACGCGAGACAUCAUCCGCGUUGUCACCUAUUUAACAUUAGGCAUACUCAUUCUGUUUUCGGUCAUUUCCUUUUGGAAAUCAGAGAUUCGACAGCCAGAACGAUAUCCAAGAUUAAGAGCGAUUCAGAACAGACAUCACAACUCGCAACAUGUUUGAAUUCAUGGACGAUGUUAUUUAUUCUGCGAAUUUUUCGGAACGUUUGUUAUAGCUAUAUAUAUUUGAAGAAUGGAAUAUCCCGCAUUUACAAAAGAAAACUGUGAUCGCUGUCUGCACCAAAGCAUUUAUUUAUAGACUAGAUCUUUCCAAACUAUGAGAAUGUGCAAUGGAUUAAUAUAGGUUAUGAUCACAACCUUAUUGGUCUGAAAACAGAACUGUAAUGUAUUCUUCUACAUUCUUUUACCGUCACUUCCAAACUAAAAUAAUUUUUACACACACAUUUGCACCUUUUACUAGAUCUGUACAGUUAUCCUUUGAAAAGUACUUCUUUUGCAACAAACUAAUGCUCAUUAUUGUUUUAUUAAAUUAUAAUUAAAUAAAAAAAUAUUCAAUUCCAAUAAUUAAAUUUAAAAUGUUUUUUUAAUUAUAGUAUUCUACCCAGUGAAUAAAUUCUUUGCUUAAUUGUAAAUGAUGUUAUACCUUUAACCAUUAAAUGUUGAAAUUAAAAUAUUUAAUUUUGUCAUCUUAGUAUCUUGAGAAUAUGAUUAAAACUCUAUUAGUUAUAGUUGCCAAUAAGAAACGCUUUAAAAAUGUUAUUAAAUCAAUUUAUAACCUGUACAUGGCAACUUACUCGAAAAGUAAAGCAUGUUCACAAAUUUUUUAUUCAGCUUAAAUCCAGUUUUGCCAAUUGACAACCAGCUGUUUCCUUGUCAUAAAAUUUCUAAAAACAAAGCAUGAUUUUUGAAAAAAAAAUCCAUUAUUUAUUUAAGGAAUAAAAAUAUAAAAAAACACUUUAAAAUUAAUUUUUAAAUAUCAGGCAUUUAAAGGUUUAAAAAAAUAUAUGAAAAGAUUUUUUUUUUAAUGCAAUAUUUUAUUUUAAAAAAAAACUGUUUGAUGAUUGUGUUCAUAUUCUAUUGUGUAUUUCUUUUCUUUUCUGAA